UGAUACAUCCGUCACUUGAAACACCGUCAUGGUGCCUGUCAUCUAUCCAGAUUCGCGAUCCAUAGCGACUAGUUGCGUAUAUAUCCUAACAACCACCUUCUCCUACAAUGCAGCGAGCAGGUUCCCCCUCGACGAUCCAUUCCUUACCCCUUCUCCACAUUCCUUUCUUAUUAGCAUCAAACACUCUUCAUCCAUACUCUUUUUAUUCACCUGGCUUGCAAAAGCUCCAAUUCACCAGACACUCUUUUUUCCACACGCCUUUACACCAUGGCGAAGCUGGCUUUAUUGUUGACCCUUCUCUGUGCUACACUCCUUAACGGUCUUCCUACACCGCAAAAGAAACGUGGGACCGAAGAACUUGAGAAUCGAGCGAUUCAUAUCUCAACCAAUGUCGAGAUCACAACGAGCUAUGUCUCACUCCCUGAGACCCUGCAGAGUGCAUCCAUCACAGACUCGGCUACACUUACAGGAUCUAUUGUUACAGGACUUCCCCCGGGCGUCACCCGCGAUCCCUUAGGCCCCUCUGCUACAGUCGAGCCUACUGGAACUUUGACGCCUAUAGAAUCAACCCUUGAUCCGGGCCCAACCGCACCAGCCCUGCAGGCGGCUCACAAUAUUUUCGUGCCCAUGGCCACUGAUGCCCCACCUUCCCAGAUACCCACCCGAAGCGAUCACAUGGUCAGUAAGCUCGGGAUUCAUGAUCAAGAUGUGCCCAUCCAGACGAACAAGUUCUAUGCAAACUUCAUGCUGGGAAACCAAAACAAUGCCGUCUGGACACAUCCCUACUCCCUGAGAUGGACGCAGGGUCGCGGUGGAAGAUACGGCAUGGCCGUUGCUCACGUUGAGCGAGAGCACUUUGCUUGGGGCGAAGGGGAUGUUCCACGUUUCUUUGCGGCCCCAGUUGGGUUGCAGCAUAUCGUGUUUAACGCAGCCGAACUAGGGAAUGAUACAACACUCUUCACCCAAGACCUCACGGCCUUCUCGGUGUGGGCUCGUCUAGCCCCGUCCCCAGGCGCUGACGCAAUCCUCUCUUUCCCACUGGUGCAGGGCAUGGGCUUCGUCACCGGCAUCUACACCGGCGCCACUCCAAUCCUCAACAGCGGCACCUUUUUCCGGACCCUUGAAUACGUCUCACUCAUCGACGACAUCACCACCAAGUACAAAAUCACCCUCAACGACAAUACCGAAUGGCUCCUCUACGCGACGUCUUUUGCCUCCAGGGGCGUCCCUCCCUUUGACCUCCUCGACGAGGAAACGAUCCAAGGUCCACCAGACUUCUACGGCAUGAUUCAGGUUGCGAAAAAUCCCGCCAAGGAAGCCGGUGAAGCCGUCUACGACUCCGCUGCCGGUGCUUACGCCGUCAAUGCCACCAUCACUGGCACUGUAUCCGAGUCUACAGGCUCCUAUACCCUUUCGUGGGGUAAAGACGGUGUGGCAGGCAGGGACCUCCUCAUGUUCGCCCUCCCGCACCAUAUCGAAUCCUUCGACCCGACCACGCAAUCCGCCCUUACAAACAUCUCCCUAAUGACGACAACCAAAGGCCUCGCCCGCGCCGUCCACGCCAACGCAAUCACAAUGCUCGAACCCAACCUCCCCACCACCAUGGGGUUCGCCCCCUGGACGCCCGGCAGCAGUUCAGCAGAGGGCGACACAGGCACGUCGCACACCGUUCUCGCCGAAAACGUCAUCCAAGCCGUCAAUCCCGUCGCCGCCCUUGAACUCGGCGUCGACUUCAACUCUCAAACCCGGCUCGACAGCAUGUACUACAGCGGCAAAGCCCUGGCCAAAUUUGCCAACAUCCUCUACGCUUUGCAGGACAUGGCGCACAACACCCAACUCGCGGCCGCCGGGUUGAUCAAACUCAAAGACGCCUUCAAUGUCUUUGUCAACAACACGCAGCCUUUCCCGCUGGUGUACGAUGACGUCUGGAAAGGGGUGGUGAGUUCUGGGAGUUACGCUACUGGGGAUAGCGGUGUGGAUUUCGGGAAUACCUUGUAUAACGACCACCAUUUCCAUUACGGGUAUUUCGUCUAUGCUGCCGCAGUUAUAGGUUACUUGGACCCGUCGUGGUUGCGGGAGGGCACGAAUCGGGCGUGGGUCGACAUGCUGGUGCGCGACUUCGCGAAUCCGAGCACCCAGGACCCGUUUUUCCCUUUCCAACGCAGCUUCGACUGGUUCCACGGCCAUUCGUGGGCAAAAGGCCUCUUCGACUCGGCCGACGGCAAAGACCAAGAGAGCACCUCCGAAGACACCUACGCCUCAUACGCUCUGAAGAUGUGGGGACUCAUCUCGGGCGACGCCAACCUCGAGGCCAGAGCGAACCUCAUGCUCGCCGUGCAAGCCCGCGCUUUGAGGAAUUACUUCCUCCUCGAGGACGCGAACACUGUGCAGCCGAAACAAUUCCUGCCCAAUAAAGUCACGGGAAUCCUGUUUGAGAAUAAGGUUGAUCAUACCACGUAUUUUGGCGCCAAUGACGAGUUUGUCCAGGGGAUCCAUAUGUUGCCGCUGAAUCCGUCUUUGGCAUAUACGCGGCGCAAGGAGUUUGUGAGGGAGGAGUGGGACAGGUACUUCUCCGACGGUAGGGCGGAGAAGGUGGAGGGGGGUUGGAGGGGCGUGUUGAUGGGGAAUUUGGCGCUGCUGGACCCGAAAAGGGCGUGGGAGUACUUUUCGAAGGAGGUACAGGAUGCGAAGGGGUUGGAUGGGGGCGCGAGUUUGACAUGGUAUUUGGCGUUUUCGGGCGCGCUGGCGGGUGGGCCGGGAAGCCCUGUUGAAGGUGCCAGUGCGGAGGAAGUGGUGGAGGGACAGGGGCAGGUCCAUGGUCAGACGGAGACUCAGACUCAGACUCAGGAUCUGGUGGAUGAAGACGGGCAGGACGAAUAUGGCAAUGCCGCUGAGGAUUCCCCCGAGGAUAUUGGGGAGGAUGCCCAGCAAAUCGAUGAGCGGGGCGAUCCUUCUGAAUGGGCGGACUCCGUAUCCUACCCGGGCGAGGAAGAAGAGACGUAUCCUCAUCCCGCUCUACCUGGAGGCAUCCACGAUGGAUACGAAGGUAAUGAAUACGAGGACGACUAUGAGGGUGGAGAAGACGAGGGGAUCGAGGAGCGAGACUAUGAGUAUCAAGACGACGAGGAGCACGAAUGCGACUACGACGAUCAAGAGGAGGAAACGGACGUGCAGCUCGACCAACUAGGCGUCGAAAACGAAGACGAAGACGCGCAGGGCUGGUACUGAGCCGAAGUUAACGAGGAAGAAGGGAGGUAAGGAGAAGGAGGAGUCGAAGAAAGACUCCGAUAUCCCUUCCUCCUCCGCCACGCUGAUUUCUAAGCCGGUGCCGAUGAAGGGAAUGUGGAUUGGGAAGACGGACCAAGUACGCGCUGAAUACGAAGAGGACGACGCGCAGCGCGGGCACUCCGCCGACGUCAGUGAGAA